CAAAUUAAAACACCCAAACACGACACAUCUCUCUCUCUCUGUCUUUCUCUCUCCAAAAAUCUCUGUUUUUUUUUUCAUCUCUCUGCAAUUAAUGGAACCUGUCCUCGUCGCGAUGGCCGUAACCGCCACAACAGAAGACGACGGAUUUUCGUUAAUCACCGAUAAAACCUCAUAUAAUCUAACUGCGUCCGACGUUGACAUCGUCACCUCCGGCAACCGUCGGAUUCCGGCUCACUCCGGUAUUCUGGCUUCGGCUUCACCGGUACUGAUGAACAUCAUGAAGAAACCGGUGAGACGUUACAGAGGCUGUGGAUCUAAGAGAGCCAUAAAAAUUCUUGGCGUUCCAUGCGACGCCGUUUCAGUCUUUAUCAAAUUCCUCUACUCUUCUAGUUUAACAGAGGAUGAGAUGGAGAAAUAUGGGAUUCAUCUUUUAGCGUUAGCUCACGUGUACAUGGUGACGAAUCUGAAGCAGCGAUGCUCGAAAGGCGUUGUACAGCGUUUAACGGCGGAGAACGUAGUCGAUGUUCUCCAGCUGGCUCGGCUAUGCGACGCUCCCGAUGUUUGUCUCCGAUCCAUGCGUCUUAUCCAGUCGCAGUUUAAGACCGUUGAGCAGACCGAAGGAUGGAAGUUUCUUCAGGAACACGAUCCUUUCCUCGAGCUCGACAUUCUUCAGUUCAUCGACGACGCCGAAUCGAGGAAGAAAAGAAGACGACGACACAAAAGGGAGCAGAAUCUAUACAUGCAACUAAGCGAGGCAAUGGAGUGUAUAGAGCACAUAUGCACCCAAGGUUGCACUUUGGUCGGUCCAACAAACGUAGUAGACGACAACACGUCAACGAUGGUGGAAAAGUCAAAGCCUUGUAAGGCGUUUUCCACGUGUUACGGCCUCCAGCUUUCGAUACGUCACUUUGCUGUAUGCAAGAGGAGGAGUAACGAGAAAGGUUGUCUUCGUUGCAAGCGGAUGCUUCAGCUCUUUAGACUCCAUUCUUCUAUAUGUGACCAACCCGAAUCUUGUCGCGUCCCUCUUUGCAGGCAAUUUAAGAAAAAGGGAGAACAAGACAAAAGGAUGGGUGAAGACACCAAGUGGAAGAUUCUGGUGAGAAGGGUUGUGUCUGCAAAAGCUAUGUCUUCGUUGUGUCAGUCAAAGAAGAACAAAUGUGAAGGAGAAGCAGAAGGAUUAGUCAGAAUCAGGAAAGAAUUCUGUGUGUAGAUAGUAAUGAAGAUUAAGUAAUUAGGAAGCUUUCUUAAAAUCUUAUUUUGGUUUCGUUUUGUAGUAUGGUCGGAAAAAUAUGAAGGGUAUACAGUUAUAUACCCUUAGAGGGUUUAGUUUGUAGAUUAGUAAACCCUUUUAAAUUGGCAAUAUGUAGGUCACAUUUGUUUGUUCAUUUUACAUCA